CUAGCUCCAGUCUGUCGCUGAACUCCGCGCGCCUCUAACUCGCAGAGAGGGAGGAGAAAGCAGCGAGUUCCGGAGCUCAGACUAGCCCAGCCAAACCUUUGCUCCAGAGAUCAUGGCUGCCGAGGAUGUGGUGGCGACCGCCUCCGAGCUGAACGAGCUGGAGAGCGGCGGGCUGCUGCACGAGAUUUUCACGUCGCCGCUCAACCUGCUGCUGCUUAGCCUCUGCAUCUUCCUGCUCUACAAGAUUGUGCGCGGGGAUCAGCCAAGGGCCAGCAACGACGACGACGAUGAGCCGCCCCCACUGCCCCGCCUCAAGCGGCGUGACUUCACCCCAGCCGAGCUGCGGCGUUUCGACGGCGUCCAGGACCCGCGCAUACUCAUGGCCAUCAAUGGCAAGGUGUUCGACGUGACCAAAGGCCGCAAGUUCUACGGGCCCGAGGGACCAUAUGGAGUUUUUGCUGGAAGAGACGCAUCCAGGGGCCUUGCCACGUUUUGCCUGGAUAAGGAAGCACUGAAGGAUGAAUAUGAUGACCUCUCUGACCUUACUCCUGCCCAGCAGGAGACUCUGAGUGACUGGGACUCUCAGUUCACUUUCAAGUAUCAUCACGUGGGCAAGCUGCUGAAAGACGGGGAGGAACCAACUGUGUACUCAGAUGAAGAUGAACCAAAAGAGGAGAAUGCUCGGAAAAAUGAUUAAAGCAUUCAGUGGAAGCAUAUCUAUUUUUGUAUUUUUCAGAAUCAUUUGUAACAUACCAGUCUGUCUUUAAAACAUGGUGAUUUCAAUAUUUAGAAAGGUUUGAACUUGCUGUAAAUUUUUUAAUUAACAUCACUAGCGACACUGAUAAAAUUAACUUCUGUCUUAGAUUGCAUGAGAUAUUUGUAUGUCACAAAUCCAGAAAAUGAACUGCAGUGCUAUAAUGCAAAUGUUAAUACUGUUUUUCUUCUAUAUAUAGUAACUACAAGCUGAAUUUAAAUUUGUUUUUCCAGAGCGACAAGUAAGACUCGGGUAUUUCCACAAACAGGUAAAAACGUUAAAUGUGUACCAAGAACGAAGGAUCAACUUACAGUUAUGGUAUUCUCUAAAUAAAUUUCUUUUAUUCAAUUGACUUCACUGCAUGAUUUCUAUCUUAUCUACCUCUAAAGCAAAUCUGCAGUAUUCCAAAGGCUUUGGUAUAAAGACAGCCAUCUAGUAACAAAAGAAAAUCUCAAUGUUGCGCUCAAUUUGGGGAAAUAAUUACUGUGUUGCUGGACCACUUUAUUGUCCUUAUCCUCCUAUAGACAUACAAACACAGUAAUAUACAGUUAGGAUUAAAAUAAGAUCUGAACAUUUAAAAGACAGCUUUGGGGGGAAAAAAAUUCCUAAAUACACGAAGAAGGUUGUAGGACUGGUUUCCCAAUCUCCAUGUUCAUAGUAGGGUAAUGGUUAUUUGACAACAUGUUAAGUGCAAGAGGGGCAUGCAGAAUAGGACCAGGUGUGUGCUUUCCUGAGAGCCUGUGUUCACAUCCCUGAAGAAUGAGGAAAGAGUACAUGUCACUAGUGAAGUGGUUUCUAAACUAUAUUCCUAAGGUAACAGUUUCCUUUUGUUGUUACAAAACUGUAGCCACUGCGAAAGUAGUAAUCAAAUGUCUAGGUCUUGAAUAGUAUUCUUGGUUAACGCUAAACCUAGUUUAAGUAGACUCUACAGUUGUAUGACUUUGUAAAAGUAUUCAGUGAACAAGUGAGAUUGCAAACUCUUGUAAUUGUAGUUAAAUAGUGAUUGUACUUUCUUUGUGAUGUGUUUAGUGGUUUUACCUCAAAUCACAAAAAAAUUGAAGUGCUUUGGUCAGUUAAUAAAAUGAUUUUACUCAGA